CUCACUUUCACUCGCAUUUAUUCUCUAAGUUUGCAUCACUUCAUUUUCACUCUCUGAAAACUGAGUGUUCGUUUUCUUUCACUUUCUCGCAUAUCGAAUCUCACCAACCAAAAGCUCCUACCUCUGUUAUUUCAGCAAUCAGAAUGGAUAUUCCGCGCAAAUGUCUCUUAUCUCCAAUUCUCGCGCUCAUUCUACUUUCGUUCAUCGUCGUCGUGGUGCUGCGUCCAGUUCAGUUACUCCAAUUCACGACAAUCGCUGCUCCAAAACGUGGACAUUCCGUUUCUCUGGAUCAUCUGCGAAUGAAGCUCUCCGGCGAGAAUCAACUUCACGCCGUCGUAAAUUCCGGCGAAUUUCGACGUAACAAAUUCAGUGAUGACCGAGGUUCUACCAGGAAGAAGGUAGGAAAAGUAGAACAAACACUCGCGGCGGCGAGAGCUUCGAUGCGAAAGGCUGCGUCAGAAUCAGAAGGUGAUGAGAGGAGCAAUCACACUGUGGCAACCACCGUGCAUGACGGCGGAGACCGCCACUAUGUACCAGCCGGAGCUAUCUAUCGUAACGCUCGCUUGUUUCAUCGGAGCUACCUAGAGAUGGAGAAAAUAUUCAAAGUAUACGUAUACCCAGAGGGUGAGCUCCCAAUAGCUCAUGAUGGCCCGUGCAAAGACAUAUACUCAAUUGAAGGAAGAUUCCUCCAUGAGAUGGAACAUGGUCCAGGGAGGUUUAGGACCAACGACCCCAAUGCCGCUCACGUUUACUUCUUGCCAUUCAGCGUUACUUGGAUGGUGAAGUAUCUCUAUACUCCACUUUCAUACAAUGUCACUCCUUUAAAGCAGUUUGUUUCUGACUAUGUGAGACUCAUAUCCAUGAGGCAUCCCUUCUGGAAUACAACUCAUGGUGCCGACCACUUCAUGCUUUCCUGUCAUGAUUGGGCUCCUCAUGCAUCACAGGGAAAUCCCUUCCUCUACAACACCUCCAUCCGUGUCAUGUGCAACGCCAACACCUCAGAGGGCUUCAACCCUCGAAAGGACGUCUCCCUUCCAGAAAUCCACCUUUACGGAGGCGAAGUCUCCCCCAAACUUCUCUCGCCCCCAUCCAACAACACCCCACGCCGCUACCUCGCCUUUUUCUCCGGCGGUCUUCACGGUCCAAUCCGCCCCAGCCUCCUCCACCACUGGAAGAACCACGACGCUGACAUUCGCGUCUACGAAUACCUCCCCAAAGACCUUGACUACUACUCCUUCAUGCUCAACUCCAAGUUCUGUCUUUGUCCCAGUGGCCACGAAGUGGCCAGUCCCAGAAUCGUGGAAGCAAUUUAUGCCGAAUGCGUUCCUGUCAUCCUUUCCAAGUAUUACGUGUUGCCCUUCGGUGAUGUGCUGCAAUGGAAGGCGUUUUCGGUGCAGGUGGAGGUUUCAGAUAUUCCUAGGUUGAAAGAGAUUCUUAGUUCGAUUUCCGAGGAUGAAUAUUGGAAGCUCAAGGAGGGAGUGAAGGCUGUGAGGAAGCAUUUUACACUGAAUCGGCCUGCCAAGAGAUUCGAUGUUUUUCACAUGAUCUUGCACUCUAUAUGGUUAAGGAGACUAAACAUACAACUCAGAUAGAAGUUUUCACUUUUCUCUUAUACAUAUUAUAAACCCUUG